AUGUCUCAUGAUAAUUACGAAUUGCCCUCUAUAUAUACAAGAAAACCGGACAACACUACUCACUAUGACUCGGAGGACGAAGAAGAGGAAAUAAAUAUCGGGGGAAACCAUGUCAUGUCGUCGACUUCUGCUUUGCCAGCGAGACGCAAUGCUUUCCGAGACAUUCAUGUGGAAGACAAUCGAUUAGCAUGGUUAUUGUUGGGAACAGCACUAUCGAUAUUAAUUAUGACAGUAGUUCCUGUUCUAAGCGAUAUCCCAAAUAUCACUCCUUGGUUUCCCGGGGAUUCUUUGUUUCGCUUCUUUGACCCAAUUAUAACUUUACCCUUAAAUUUGUUUAUUAUAACCAGAGCUGAUGUUAUGACAAGUGGAAGGUCGAAUUAUUGGGGGUCUCUAAGCGAGGCAAGUGUUGUAUGGUUAUUGUGGUCAUUUGGUGCUGCACUUUACGUCCAAUUUCACGGAGUUCAUACAGCCAGUGCAAUGUUCAAGCAUCCUAUACAAGAUUUUAAUUUGGCUCAUCCCGAUUUGGUGGCCCAAUACCCAGUGUUAUACGAAAUGUACUCAAACAUGAGAGAUUUAUGGGAGCACUAUAUCGCACAUUAUUUAUACGCGGGGGGUGCCAUGAUGAUGAGCUGGGUUCAGUUAUUUGCCUUCAGAAACCAAGUGCAUGGUCCAUUACCAACUACGACAAAAGUAAUUUGGUGUAUUGGAAGUAUCUUAUAUGGCGUAUUAUUAGCAGGCGUGGCAAUUGAAUUUCCUCAAGGAUUGAUUGUCGGAUUAGUGUAUACUAUUGUACUUGGAACCGAGCUUGCGUUUUAG